AUGACUCAUAUAGCCACUGUGUCGGCCUACGUUCUGAACAAUGCACUGGGGAAGAAUGUAAUGACCCGCACUUGGCAGAAGGAUUCCCUUAGCCAGUGUUGGGGUGAGGGUCUGGACCACAGUGUGGGGUGGUCACAUUUUGACACCAUGAGAAGAACAUGUCCAGACUACAAUGGAAGAGGGGGCAGAGCUAAGAGUGGUGUGGCCAAAAAAGGCAGGGCAAAGGUGUCAAAGAAACUGAGAGCAGAUCGGGACAGGAAGCUGUAUCCUUUACGAGGGAGGGGUGGCACACCAGAGACCGAGCCCCUUAGCUGUCACGUCUUGCUUAAACGUCUAGAGGAAGAUGUCCUGGACCAAAAUAACAGCUUACAUGACCAUGGUCAAAACCAAGUUUCAGGGAAGCGCAAGCAGGCAAAAUGCAUGAGUGCAAGAAAGAGGAUAGAUAAAGCCAUCAAGUCAGACCACAUACCAUCCAAAACCAAAUUAAAGCCCACUACAGAGAAGCCACAAGCUCAGGAGCCACGUAAACGAAGGUUAGCCUCUCUCAAUGCUGAGGCAGUCAACAGCCUGCUGCUGGAGAAAGCAGACAGUCCACCAUCUGCCAAACUUAACAGGAAACAGCAACAGGAGGCAGCCCUGGGUGGACAGAGUGACAUAAAUUCAGAACAAACCAGAAAUGGACCUUCAAAAAAAGCCUCUCUGAUUGAACUGUGCCAAAGCUCCAAACAGACCAAGAAAACAAAGUCAGAGGAUAAAGUUCACCAUGAGCUCAACCUAGAUGCUCCUACUCCAAGACGUUUAGCGGGACUUAACGCAGUUGCUCUGCUGAAACUCACAAGCUCAACAGCAGGAACUAAACAGCGAGCAAAAAUGGACAGUAAGAUUACAUGUGCUAUUGGCAGGAAGGUUGCAGCCUCCAAGUCCAAGUCGCGACAGUCAAAGAAAAAGGGCUGGAAGCAGCCUCCAACCCAGGGUGGUUGUGCAGUGUGUAAGAGGCAUGGCUGCUUUGAGCCCAAACUAAAGUGGGAGGAAGCUGUUGGAAGCCACCCCCUAACCAAACCAAGCUACCAGUCCCGCAGUAUGUUGGGGUAUCCCUUAAAGGUGGUCAAAGAGGAACAGGUGGAAACUGAGCUGAGCUCCUACUACUGCUGCCCCCCAGAGGGUUCCAUGGAGUACUGCCUGGCACAUCCAACUCUCACCUUGAGCACCCACCCUUGCUUGUGUGCAGAUCCUUGCUUCUCGAGUUACUAUGUCCACAUUACCCACCCUGGACCUCCAUCAGCUAGCCUUAGUGCACAGCCUCUACCCUACACACCAGCCCAUCUCUGCCCAGGUAGGGUCUCUGCCGGUACCAAACUGUUGGCUCCAUCUGUCUCCCAUGCCUCAGGGAUCUCGCACUCAGCCUUCUGUAACUCUGUGAGGUCACCCUGCUACAGCGAUGCAUGCCGGGUUAGUGGCUAUACCUUCAGUGCCAUCCAGCCUGUCACCAGCAGGGGGUGCUCUUUCCCGACAGGCUGCUCAAACUGUACUCAUCCAAUCAAAACAGAGGGUUACUCCUUACAACAAGGUGAGCAUAGCCCCUCCCUCGGGGCACCUCCUGCCCUGCCUCUCUCUGGCUGUCCAUUGCCCCGAGUAGCCCCCUCAACAACACCUGCACCGCAGCUUUUACAGGCAAAAGUGAGGCUUCAGGUGGGAACAGAAUGCCCUCAAAAUACCAAGCCAUCCAACGGCUCCCUUGCGAUGGGCCGUAUCAGACUGUCCCAGAAGCAGCCAGCUCCCAGCCCUGCCAGCACAAAGCAGAGGAGGGCAAGUCGCCGUCAGGACACAAAUGGCUGGCUGCCUGUAGGAGUUCCCACAGAGAGGGAGAUCUUUAUUGCUGGUGAGGAUGAGACAGCCCUGCGGCAGUGUUAUGAAGGAGUGGAGCGGGAUGGCGAGGUGAUCCGAGUGAGAGACACAGUACUGCUGCGCUCUGGUCCCAGGAAGAAGUCCCUGCCUUAUGUGGCCAAGAUUUCUGCUUUGUGGGAAGACCCCAAAACAGGAGAACUGAUGAUGAGCCUCUUCUGGUACUAUCGACCCGAACACACUCAGGGAGGUCGAGAUCCCAGCAUGCACUGUGAGAAUGAGAUCUUUGCCUCUCGACACCAGGAUGAGAACAGCGUGGCUUGCAUUGAGGACAGAUGCUAUGUUCUGCCAUUAGCACAGUACUGCAGAUUUUGUGCCUUGGUUAAGCGACGUGCAGAGAGUGUGCCCAACAGUCCUCCAGUGGUUCCUUGCCCAGUCGACUACACCACCCCCUCUCAUCGCCUUGUGCCUGAUGAUGUCGACCCAGAGCUGGUGUACCUGUGUCGCCAUGUCUAUGACUUUCGCUACGGGCGCAUCCUCAAGAACCUGCAGUAG